CGUUCGUGAUGUCACUGACGUCCCGGCAGUCAUGCAAACGUAGUUACAAGGUUUAGAUUGGAUUAGUGACUGAAAAAUUACUGGAUUAAAAUGAGUUUAGCAAUAGAACGAUCUCCCCGGAAAAAUGCGGGAAAUCGCAUGUCAAAACUGUUGGAUGCUGAAGAGGAGGAUGAGUUCUACAAAACUACUUACGGCGGUUUUAACGAGGAAUCUGGAGAUGAUGAGUACAAAGGUGAUCAUUCAGAAAGUGAAGAUGAAGUGGAUUCUGAUUUUGACAUCGAUGAGGGUGAUGAACCAGACAGUGACCAGGAAGAGGAUGAACCUAAAAGAAUCCGCAGAGUGGUUACAAAAGCAUACAAGGAACCAAUAAAAAAUUUGAGGCCUCCACCAAAACCCAGAAAACCAGCUACUCCUGCCAGCAGUAGUGAAAAGCAGAAGUCUAAUAGAGCAGAGUCUUCAGAAGUACAGGAUGACUUGGGAGAAACCCGCAAGACAGUGCGGCAGUCAACAACUGAGCACACUCGUUUAACUUUCUUACGUGUUCAGGAGAGACAGGUACAGUCACGGCGCAGGAAGGGUCCUCUUUCUGACAGACCACUCACUCAGGAGGAACUACUGGAAGAAGCCAAAAUGACAGAGGAGCUGAACUUGAGAUCUCUUGAAAACUAUGAAAGACUAGAAGCUGACAAGAAGAAACAAGUUCAGAAGAAACGGAAGUGCGAGGGCUCAAUAAUACGUUACUGCUCUACAACUAUGCCACUGAUAACAGAGAUCACCUUGAAAGAGGAGAAUGUAGAUGUAGAAGGAUUAGAUCAGGAAGUCCAGCAGACAUCAGAGGUUCCACAGACAACCCAAAAUGCACUUGGAAAAUGUUCCCGUUCAUUCAUUACUUUCAGUGAUGAUGAAACAUUUGAGAGGUUAUUUCCCAAGUCAAAGAUAUUGCGGGCUCCAGUGAAAGAGAUCUGCCCUGUAACCCAUAAACCUGCUCGUUACCGGGACCCUAUCACAGACAUACCAUAUUCAAACAUCAGGGCAUUCAAAAUCAUCCGUGAGGCAUACAAGAAAUAUGUGACUGCACAUGGUCUGCCAAAUGCUGGAAUAACAGCAGCUACUUCAGGGACAGGCACAUCUCAGACAGACCCCAGUUCUCGAGGACAGAGGCAGAAGAUCAUUAUAAAACAAUCUGUGUCAACAACAUAAAACUGAAUGUUAGGAGAUCUACAUUCAGUAGGACAUGAUGGCAUGCACCAUUUGGAAAAAGCAUUGAAUAAUGUUUUGUUUCUGUGAAACUGUUUUGCAUUUUUCACUAAGAAUAAAGCUAUCUUCACUUUU